AUGAAGUUGUUACUCUUCAACUUGAUCCAUUUUGUUUUUGGAUGUACACCACUGGUAGUGCAUGAUCAGUCGCGUUACUGUGGGGCUGAUUAUGCAUUUAGUGGAAUUGUUCGAUUUUCUAGAAUAACAGCUAGUGAGUCUGUCUUUCAAAUUCAAGUAAUUAGAAAUAUUAAGGGUCGAGUUACCUUUCCAAAUGGUCUAAUAACGGUUUAUGGAAGAGGAACACUAAAUUCCUGUGGAGCUACAAGGCUUAAUCUCGACCAGAGAUAUAUUCUCUAUGUUUUGUCAUAUGAUAAUAGACUUAGUGUCUACCAGCAACAGGAAGUCAGUGCGAUCAAUUUUAACAGAAUCAGAAGAUACGACUGCUCUUGUGAGAUCGAAAUCAAUCUUCCACAACAACCAUUCGAUAACAGUAUGAUACCUGCCAGGGACAAAUGUAUCAUCACAGAGCGAGAAUGGGACUGUACAUUCCAGAACGGAUACUGUAGUCGAGCCGGAAGACGCUAUGGACCACGUGGUGCAUGUCAAUGGGUCCCAGGAAUAUCCAAUUGCUAAGUGACCUACGGUCUUUAAAAAUCAGUAUCACUUAAUUUAAUAUUUGUAAAGACUGUUUUCAAUAAAUGGUAUCAGAAAUA